AUGGACCCCGAGGGCGGCGACGUCGAGCUGGACGAGACGCUGAAGGUGGACCCGCUGAGCGCCGCGGAGGGGGCCGUGCUCACGAGGCUGCAGGAGCACGGUAGCGAGAUCGCGGGCCUGCGAGACAUGCUCCAGCGGCUCCAGUCGCCCGGCUGCAGUCUUCAGGACGUGAAACACUUGGUGCGGGAGGCGCAGCGGAUGCAGGCGGGCCUAGACCUGCCCAGCAGCAUGCUGACGAGGGACAGCGCCUGCGCUGCCGCCGUCCUCGCCGCACCCGCGAUGCCCCCGUGCUCGCCCUGGCUCGAGUCCGAGCCUCGAGCGCGCCGCGGGCCUGCAGUGAGUCUCGGGAGCUCGCCGCCGGCCGCCGCGGUGCCGCCCAUGGCCGAGGCGGGCGGGCUGGAGGCCCGCGGGCUGCCGCCGGGCUGCUCCACCUGGCAGAAGACGAGCCUCAUGAUCGCGGCGCGGCACGGCCAGGCGGACGUCAUCGCCCGGGCGCUGGAGACCUCCUGCGCCCAGCCGCAGCUGGACGCCUGCGACGAGGCCGGGAACACGCCGCUGAUGAUCGCGGCGCGCUGGGGGCACCUCGAGGCGGUGGAGGUGCUCGUCGGGGCGGGCGCGGACCUGUCCCUGGAGAACACGGAGGGCCUGACCGCCGCGGACCUCGCCGCGAGCGACGAGAUCCGCGCGGCCAUUCGCGCGGGCGAGCAGAGGGUCAGCGAGCUCGUGGCGUCCGUGUUCAUGAGAGGCUCGGGGUCCUCCGCAGAUCCCUGCGCCGGCAGCGCCAGCGGCAGCGGCAGCGCCGCCGCCGCCGCAGACCUGGCGCAGAUGGUCGCGAGCGUCGGCGCAGAGGCCGCGGCGCUGAAGGCCGCGUCGCCGUUCGGCGCCGGCGCGGACUCCCCCGGCAAGUUCGUGGUCGUUCACGAGUCCGUGCCGGUGAGCGAGGAGUUCUCCAGGUCGAGCGCCCGGGUCGCGACGCUGCCCAGGGGCACGGUCGUGGAGGUCCUGGAGAUCCCGCUGCGGCCCGACGACGGCCGGGUGCGGGCCAGGCUGGCAGACCCGCCGGGGUGGAUCUCGCUGAGGUUCGGCAAGGACAUGCUGCUCCAGGCCGGCGUCCCCGUGGAGGGCCUCGAGCAGGCGCGGAAGGCCCUGGCGGCCGUCGCCACGUGCGACGACGCGGCUGCGCGGGGACGGGAGAUCCUGGAGACCAGACCGCGACGAGCCCUGCUCGCAGGCCGUGCUGGACGACCUGGAGAGGCUGCUGGCUUCCUGGGGGGAGCUGACGCGUUUCGUGCAGCACCUGGCCAGGCUGCAGCCGGCGUCACCCCUGGCGUGCGUGGACUUCGGGCUGGAGACCCGGAGGAUGACGCUGGCGCCAGUGUGCGAGGCGCUCAUCGACAAGGCUCUGCAGUCCCACGCCGAGCCGCUGCGGGCCCUGUGCGCCCAGGACCGACCCGGGCUGCGAGCGCGCUCGCGGCGCUCGGGGUCGAGCUCAGCCCGACGCAGGCCGAGAGGGGGUCGUCGCGGUCGCGGUCGUGGUCGCGGUCGCGGUCGCGGUCUGAG